ACAACUCAAUUACUGGUACAACGCCACGUGUCAAAUUUUGUCAGUCUAGCUUCCACUCUCCUCUUUACAUAAACGGACCUCCUUCUUCUUUCUUUUUCUCCUCACCUCUCUCUCUCAUUUGAUCACAUUUUCAUCUUUCCCCAUUAGCUUCAGAGCUCUGUGAAAGGGUCUCUCUCUCUCUGACGAUGGCAUCUGUGACAGCUUCCCAUUUUGUCUCGCUUGUCAACAACAACCAUGGAGGAGGAGCUUCAGGCUCUGAGGGCAACGCCAAUCUGUCUCAGAUCAACUUCAAGUGUCAAUCCAUGACUCACUGUGGGCUAAGAUCCUUCAACAUGGUUGACAGGCUUCAGAGGAGAGCUGUUUCUGUUUCUGCUAAAUCCUCAAAGGGAUUGCAGCUGAACGCUCCUCCUAAAGCUAAACGUGUGGGUAAGAUUGUGUGUGAGAAAGGCAUGUCUAUGAUCUUUAUUGGUGCUGAGGUUGGUCCUUGGAGCAAAACCGGUGGCCUCGGUGAUGUCUUAGGUGGUCUGCCUCCAGCUCUCGCUGCAAGAGGCCACCGUGUGAUGACAGUAUGCCCUCGGUAUGACCAAUAUAAAGACGCUUGGGACACUUGUGUAGUGGUUCAGAUAAAAGUUGGGGAUAAAGUUGAGGACGUGCGUUUCUUUCACUGCUACAAACGAGGAGUGGAUCGUGUCUUUGUCGACCAUCCCCUCUUCCUUGCAAAGGUUGUGGGCAAAACUGGAUCCAAAAUCUAUGGUCCUAUAACUGGAGUAGACUACACCGACAACCAACUCCGGUUUAGUUUGUUGUGUCAGGCUGCUCUUGAGGCGCCACGGGUUCUAAACCUGAACAGCAACAAGUAUUUCUCUGGACCAUAUGGGGAAGAUGUGGUCUUUGUUGCCAAUGACUGGCACACUGCUCUCCUUCCUUGUUACCUCAAGUCUAUGUAUCAGUCACGCGGAAUCUACAUGAAUGCAAAGGUUGUGUUCUGCAUUCACAACAUAGCCUACCAAGGAAGAUUUGCCUUUGACGACUUUUCUCUUCUCAAUUUGCCUGACAGCUUUAAGAGCUCUUUCGACUUCAUGGACGGGUACGAAAAGCCAGUAAAAGGAAGGAAGAUCAACUGGAUGAAGGCUGCGAUUCUAGAAGCAUGGCGUGUCUUAACAGUUAGUCCAUACUAUGCUCAAGAGCUCAUCUCUGGCAUCGAUAGAGGCGUGGAGUUGCAUUCAUACCUUCGAAUGAAAACAGUUUCCGGAAUUAUUAACGGCAUGGAUGUUCAAGAAUGGAACCCGGCUACUGACAAGUACAUCGAUAUCAAAUAUGACAUUACCACUGUAAAGGAAGCUAAGCCACUGAUCAAAGAAACGCUUCAGGCUGCUGUUGGACUUCCGGUGGACAGGGAUGUCCCUGUGAUCGGUUUCAUUGGGAGAUUGGAGGAACAGAAGGGCUCUGAUAUUCUGGUCGAAGCUAUCUCUGAGUUCAUGGGUCUCAAUGUUCAGAUGGUUAUCCUUGGAACCGGUAAGAAGAAGAUGGAGGCUCAGAUACUUGAACUUGAGGAGAAGUUCCCAGGGAAGGCGGUUGGAGUGGCGAAGUUCAACGUGCCGUUGGCUCAUAUGAUCACAGCAGGAGCUGACUUCAUCAUUGUCCCGAGCAGGUUUGAGCCGUGCGGUCUCAUUCAGCUGCACGCCAUGAGGUAUGGAACCGUCCCCAUUGUGGCAUCUACUGGUGGGCUUGUGGACACUGUUAAAGAUGGCUACACAGGUUUCCACAUUGGAAGAUUCAACGUCAAGUGUGAAGUUGUGGAUCCAGAUGAUGUGACUGCAACAGCAAAGGCUGUAGCUAGAGCUGUUGCAGUGUACGGGACACCUGCUAUGAAAGAGAUGGUCAAGAACUGCAUGGACCAAGACUUCUCCUGGAAGGGACCAGCGAGACUGUGGGAGAAGGUACUAUUGUCACUAGAUGUUGCCGGAAGUGAAGCUGGAGUCGAAGGUGAAGAGAUAGCUCCUCUGGCGAAGGAGAACGUAGCGACGCCUUGAGAAUGUGAGUUUUUGAGUUUGGUGGAAGAAACUAGGACUAGGGAAGUCGGCAGUAAAAGUAAUGUGUUUGGUUAUGUAUAUAUACGGGAGAUGUUUCAGUCUAAUAUAAUAAUAAGUGCAUGUUCGUUUGAUCA